UCAUCUCAGUGACGUAGGAAUAGUUUCCAACUUUCGCAAAUGUUCCGAAAAUGUCUCGUCUAAUCUCAAAUCGUAACUCCAUUAACCAAUACAAGUGCAAUACAAGUCUUCGCCACUUCGACAUGUCAGGUGUAUCAGUGUCAAAACUUUGUAAACAAAAAAAAAGCGAUAAAAUACGAGCAACAUAAUCCUAGAAAAUCUUUAUUUCGGCAUCUCAUGACAGUGCGCGCCAUCUUCCACGAGGAAGGAACCUCGAACAUGUGACGUUAAAAGUUGUGUCAACGUUUUGCCAUGCGAGAUAACACUUUCAAACCAGUGUCAGUCAUUCCUUUGUGAAAUCGGAGUAUUUAGCUGAGUAACCAUCAUGUCAUCAGAAAAAUCUGUCGCCCAAGAUAUGAACUACAGCGUUGACAUCGGAGAAACAACUUCCCGGUCAUAUUUGUUCACAUGUAAUAGGAAUGCGAAUGAAAUAUAAAGACAAACACGAAACUUUCACCGAGGAUAAACUGGUGAGCAAGGAGCCCAUGGGACAGUUUAAAGCAUGGUUCGAAGAGGUUUGCAAAACCCCGCAGAUUAUGGAACCGAACACUAUGUUCCUCGGUACAGCUACUAAAGAUGGUAUACCGUCCGUGAGACCUGUCCUGCUUAAAGGCUUUAGUACGGAAGGUUUCAAGUUUUAUACGAAUUAUGGAAGUAGAAAGGGCCGCGAACUGGCCGAGAAUCCAAAUGCAGCACUGACCUUUUAUUGGGAACCUUUGAACCGAGCGGUCCGGGUAGAAGGCAAAAUAGAAAAGACAUCAGCCGAAGAUUCGGAUCGUUACUUUCAAAGUCGGCCAUACCCCAGCCAGAUAGGAGCAAUAACCAGCAAGCAGAGCACUGUGAUCGCAAGUAGGCAAACACUAAUGGUGAAAGAAAGAGAGUUGAUAGCCGAAUUCCCGGAAGGACAAGUGAAAAGACCGGAUUGUUGGGGCGGAUAUAUCGUUAUACCACGUUCCGUGGAAUUUUGGCAAGGCCAGAGCGAUCGUUUGCACGAUAGAAUUCGUUUUAGGCGGCCUAAAACGAACGAAAAGAUCGAUAACGUGCUCGUCCAUCAGGGAGAUAACGGAUGGGUUUAUGAAAGACUAUCACCGUAAUAGCAUACGAAAGAUCGAGUUAUUUAUUCCGUGCUAACGCUACGAGUACAAUGAAUUGUUCUUACGUAGAGAAAAGUACAAAAUGGUUACGAGUUGGAUUCAUUAACGCUGUUUCCUCGAGAUUUUCAGAAUUUCUCUUUGUACACCUGAAAUGUAUUCUAAUAUAAAAUAUAAACUCAUACGAAAUAGUUAGCUAUUAAUGUAAUAUACUAAACGUAUGCUAUAGCUGAAGCAAAGUCAAUUGGCCAUUUAAGGUUAUUAUAAAUUAGAGGAGUCUUGGGAUUUACAGAGAGAGAGAAGUGAGUCUAGGUGGUUAAUUGGGUUUAAGCUAUCGUUCAUUACCCUGUUGACUUUUCCAUGCUAUUUCGAUAUCGAAAAUACCAUCUUCCUCUAUGAGACUUUGAAAUUGUCUCAUUCCACCGCCAACACCGAAAUAGUAACUUUUGGCGGCAACGAACCUAAACAAUAGCAAGGAAUGCGACGUUACCUAUAAAAGUCUAAUCUUAGAAAGGAUACCUUCACGUCAACGAUCAGAAAAUCAAAUAACAAAUCAAGCAACAAAUUUUCUUGUCACAUUUUGGAAAUAUAUUUUCAAAAAUUCCUAUUCAAAUUUUGGAAUAAUUCUUAACGAGUUUAGAAAAACAACAGAUAAAAUACUUAAAUAAUUUAAUCACAUAUUUCAAAUGCUUCUAUAACGUAUUACAGUUUAUUUAUUACUAUUUUUAAAAAUUUUAAAUAAUGUUCUCAAAAAGGUCCUUCAGCCAUUUUACUUACCCCACGCCAUCUGGUUGCAGUUUCUCUUUAAAAACUUCGUACAGUUUCCUAUGAUUGUCAGGAUUAUAAAUCGUUUCACUUGUGAAAAUGAAAUCGUACCUCGAAA